AUGCUUUCUUCCGGCUCUGGAUCCUCCCCUCCACCGCCUGGCCGCGGCUCAGGCCCUUCCUCAACUCCUCCACGAGCAUCCACCACUCGCGUGCGCAACGGCGCCACUCCCCAAACCGCACUCCUCUCUCCAGGUCUCCAACGCAACCCAGACGAGGAGUUCCGGUACUACGUCAACCACCUCGGCCAGUGGUUCGAAGUCAACGCGCAGGAGGCGCGCCAGUACCGCGCGGACGGCUUCGCGGUGCACAACGUCGACACCAUGGAAAGCAUCGCUGAGUUCCUGAAUCCCGUCCAGCCACCGAGCACGGAGGGUGCUUUUGGUGCGCAGGUGGAGGAGGCUGAUCGGGCGACGGAUGUUAUGGAGGAGGAGCUUAAUGCGCACCUCGGGCCGGGCGUGACCCACGAGGAACUCCAGAAGCGGGCAGAAGCCGCUAAGAAGGCGAAGGAGAAGUCCUCUGAGCCUGAGUCUCCUCACGAUAAGAAGGGUGGUCCGUCGAGUGAUGGCGACAAACGCGAUCCGUCUGCAGGCGCUGGCGCUGCGUCUAGCAGUGGCGUGGCGGAUUAG